AUGCUAACGUUAACUCUAUCUAUGUACGCGGCUCGGAAUAGCAAUCAAAAGUCAAACUACCCGGAGAUGCUCGGUCAGAUCGGUCUGGCAUUCGGCUGCGUCAACUAUCUAUCGACACCAGAAACCUCCGGUGCGAAAUCAACUUCCCCGGUAUCCCGACAAAAGAUACAUCCGGAGGCGUCCGAAAAACUGUCCGUUCGGAAAGCGUCGCCUGACAAAACUCCAUCACCGGGAGAGACGAUAGUGCCGAAGAUAUCGUCCAUACCGACGCGCACGGUGGCGCCGGCGGAGUCGCGAGCGAUGACGCUGUACGGAUAUAACGCGGCGGCGCGGCUCCCGUUCGCGUUCUCCCACGCCCGUGAGCGCCGCAGCCUGCGCGCCCCCCCGCGCCCCGCGCCCGCAGGUCGGAUGGUCCGCAGCGUGUCGUCCGGCGCCGCCCCCCCCUCUCCGCGCCCCGCGACCACCAGACCUCACGCGCUUGUAGAUACGCCUGACACAGGGAGCGAUAAUUCAAGUCGAGGCGUGGUUUCUCUUCCUGGCAGUCCUCGAAACAGCUCCUCAGUACCAGUAGUUGGUUCAGCGGAAAGUCUCGUAACAAGGGUGCUCGCUGAACAAGGCUUGGGCGAAUAUUGUGACCCAGAAUUCGUGAGGAACACGUCACGAGAAAUGCAAGAAGCACUCGAUAUGACCCAAGAACAAAUGGAUAGAGCGGCACAUCAAUUAAUGGUUCAAGAAAAGAACUUAAAACAAGUUCAAAACCAACAAAGCCAAGUGGUAGGGCGAGAUCCUAGCCCGACAAUACCAUCCCCACCACCAGCCAGCCGCUCCCCCACCAGGAAAGCGGUUAUAGCACCGACACAAAAUGGCGUCCAGGACGGCGCCGACAAACGUCACUCACACCAUAGGAGGAAACGGAAACGCAAGCCAGUGCUUGUCUAG